UGGUUAAAGACGAUGGAGAGAUGACAGAGAGAGACUUCAAACUCAGUACAAAGAGGACCUUUUAGAAGAAAGAAGCAACACUAAACCUCACGCAGCCAUGAGUGGAACAUCAAAACAGUUGGACUCCAGUUUAUCACUUGGCAACAUCGAUUCCAGUGCUUCCAAUCUGACCAUUGUACUGUUUGGAAAUUCUGUGGCAGUCCAGUUUGGGCAUGACAAUAUUCUGCUCAGAAAUGAACAGCCAUCUCUUGAAAAUGCAAGAAUGUCUGAGAUUAUUCCAGAACAGAAGAAGAUAUCAGACCGUUACGUAUCAGUGAUCAACAUGAUUGACUUACAUGAGGCUGAAAGUAACCUGGACUCUGUGAAUCAUCUUAUUGGUCAACUAGUGAAUGACCAUAACUUCCAUGCCUUUAUCUUUGUCGUGCGACUGGGCCAGUUAACCGAUGCUGAUAAAAUGGGUAUUGAUUGGCUAAAGAGAGUGUUUGGAGAAAGAGUUCUUCAGUUUGUGAUGAUUCUCUUCGCCUAUGAGAAAGAGGAAGAGUGGGACUCUAUAAUAGAUGAUCUGAAGAAGAACCCUGUUCUGGAGCAACUGCUGGAGAAAUGUGGAGGAAGAUAUCACACCUGCAGCAAUAUCAUGAACAACCAAUCAGAGAUGAAAGAACUCAUGAACAAGAUUGACCAGCUGUUUAUUGAGAAUAAACAGCAGUGCUAUACCAGUGAGAUGUACAACCAAGUAUUACAAAAGAGUGAUGAUAUGCAAAAGGUUACAUUUCAAAGUGAGAGUAUGGACUUCAACAUGACAGCAGAGAAAAGAAAGAUACAUAGGGGAAUUCUGGAAGAGCUGUCAAUAUAUUGUGCAAGAUUGAAUCAAAACAAAGGAAAAAGCAUUCUGGAAAAAACUGUGAAAAAACAACUUUUUCACACAUUCCACAAACUGAAAACUGCAGAUGUUCUCCAGUUAUCUGCACAUUCAUUAGAGUCUCAUGAGUUCUGUGCUGAGGAGGAACUGGCUCAGACUUUCCUUCAAAAACUACUGAUGAUAAACUAUAGAGCAAGACACAUUAAAACUAAAGAGGCCAAUGGACGGCAGGUCAGACAACAAAGAGACAAUGGCUUAUUUGAAGAUGAGGGUGUUGCUGAUAUUUUCAGAGAAAUGUCUUUGUCUAAUGAAGAAAUAAACAGGAAAGAUGCUGUUCACCCGAUGGAUGUUCAGAUGGCCGUGUUUCAUUGUGCUGAUGGUUUCCUAAAGCAGCUGAUGGUGACUAAACUGUCACAGUGUCAGUAUGCUCUGCCUCUGCUUGUACCUGAUCCAUUAACACAACACAUUGACUUUCCUCUCUGGACAUUCAGACAAAUCAACAAGAGCUGGAAGAUGAAAAACACCAACAAUGAAAUCAUCAGUAAAGUCCAGUCAGUCUGUAAGGCACAAACUCCAAUGGUGUGUUUCUUCAGGUUUGGCUCAGUGUCCUCAUCCAAGUCUCAGCUGAUGAACAGUCUGAUCAAUGAGAAACACAACACGUUCUUCCACAGGAACUGCCCAGGCAGCAGCAGAACCAGAGUACUGAUGGAUGGAGUGGUGGAGAUCGCCUGGUACUGCCCGUCUGGAAAAAACAUGGAUAAAUUUAACGACUGUGUUGCGUUCUGUAAUCUACAUGGAGAUGCAGGAGACAAUGAGAAACAGCUGCAGAUCCUCAUGGAAAUGUCCUCAGUCAAUGUUGCUAUUUUACCAAAGAUUGACAGAAAUGAUAGAAAUGCAACAAAGAUCCAAAACCUCUACUGUGACAAAAAGCCCACUAUUUUCCUUCUAACUGAAGAUGAGUCUACUGUAAUUCAGAUAAGAAAAGGAAAAUACAAAGUAGGGUUGAAAGACCAAAAUCCGUCUGACAUUUCAGAAGAACUCGGAAGAGCUAUAAAUGAUUGUCUCUCUAUAUCAUCUUCAGAAUCAUCUUCCAUUUUCAGACUUGAAGAUGUGUCCAAACACUCAGAUAUCAGAGUAGAUGAAGAUGAUGAAGACUGCAGGAGAGGAAAAGAAGCAGCACAGCAGAUGAUGAGAUUACUGGAGAAUAAAGAUCUGACAAAAAUCAAAGAAUCAUUUCUGCCCUGUCAGGGAAAACUGUGGCAUCAGUGGUGUCAGAAGAACAAAGAACUGCAUCGACCUCAAGGAAAUGAACUAGAAAUUGAAAGAAGUAAAAAACAAACAGAAAUGAAGACAAUUCGUGAGUUGCAACAUGAAUCUGACAUCAGUGAGUUUAUCAAGUGCUUUAUUAAAGAAAUUAACUCUUCAGAUUCUUCAGAUAAGAAAAUCUAUUUUCUUAAAUGGAUCAGAAUUUAUCUGGAUGAAUACACAUCAGCUGACCUUUCUACUUUGCAUCACAAGUAUAAUAAAACAUGGUUAAGAGUUUUAAAAAUGACAGAGAACAAUGAGCAAUCAAUGGCAUCAAAUAUGACACAUGAACAAACACAACUUGACAGGAUAUCAAAAGAGCUUCAAGCUGCAACCUUUGGUUUGGAGCACAUCCUGAGAGAGAUCGGUCAGAUCUAUGAAUCAUGUUCAUCUGUGAAGAAGAACAAGGAAGGUCUGCAGUUUCACUUCUCUUCUCUCCCGAGUCUUGCAGCAGAGAUGAUGAUCUCUGGAUUUCCUCUGGAGCUGAUGGAUGGAGAUGCUGCUCAUGUUCCUCUGGUCUGGAUCUCUGCUGUUCUAGAUGAACUCAAGGAGAAACUGGGAGACCAGAGAGUGUUUGUGCUGUCAGUUUUAGGGGUUCAGAGCACUGGUAAAUCCACCAUGCUGAAUGCCAUGUUUGGACUGCAGUUUGCCGUCAGUGCUGGCAGGUGCACCAGAGGAGCUUUCAUGCAGCUGGUCAGAGUGUCAGAGGAGAUGAAAGAACAGCUGAAGUUUGACUAUAUUCUGGUGGUUGAUACUGAAGGACUUCGUGCUCUAGAACUGGCAGGAAGAUCAACAAGACAUCAUGACAAUGAAAUGGCCACAUUUGUUGUUGGUCUUGGGCAACUGACAUUGAUCAACAUCUUUGGAGAAAACCCAUCUGAGAUGCAGGACAUUCUUCAGAUUGUUGUUCAGGCCUUCCUGAGGAUGAAGAAGGUCAGACUGAAUCCCAGCUGCAUGUUUGUGCAUCAGAAUGUUUCAGACGUCACAGCUGGAGAGAAAAACAUGGAGGGAAGGAGACGACUGUUGGAGAAACUGGAUGAAAUGACAAAACUCGCUGCUAAAGAGGAAGUCUGUGAUGAAGAAAAAUUCAGUGAUGUCAUUCAUUUUGAUGUACAGAAGGACGUGAAAUAUUUUUCACAGCUGUGGGAGGGAAGCCCACCAAUGGCACCACCAAACCCAAACUACUGUGAAAAUAUUCAAGAAUUAAAGGAAUCUGUUAUUUCUCAUGCAUCUAAAUCAGAUGGCAUGACACUGGCAGACAUAAAAGUACGUAUUCAAGAUCUCUGGGAGGCUUUACUGAAUGAACGAUUUGUGUUCAGCUUCAGAAAUUCUGUGGAGAUUUCAGCAUACAAGAAACUGGAGACAGAAUACUGCAAGUGGACCUGGAGUCUCCGGAGUGCCAUGCUGGAGACUGAACACAAGCUACACAACAAAAUAGAAAAUGAAGCAAUUCAUGAGGUUGAUGAAUCAAAUCUACAAAGAGAAUUAAAAGAAAAGCGAGAAGAAGUGAAUCAGUCAAUGUCAGAUUUCUUUGAGAAAGACAAAGAUAAAGACAUUUUGAUUAAGUGGAAAACUUCAUUUGAAUUAAAAAUCAAAGAUGUUCAAGAAAACAUUGUGAGAGAAACAAAGAGGAAAUUAAAUGAGAUUCUUCAGCAGCGAGACCUGAAGAAAAAGAUUGAUGCUCAGAGAAUACAUCAUGAAAACACUCUCUUUGAAAUGAGCAAAGAACUUGCCUUAACACUCAAAGACAAAGCAAAGGAUGAAACAAUCCUGAAAAAAGAGUUUGAUAAUUUUUGGAAAGAGUGUGUUAAGAAGAUCAGUAAAGAUACUCCACCAUUUGAAGACAUUUAUAUAUUAAGAGAUGUGAAACAACUGCUCAGUGAGAUCUAUGAAAGUGCAGCUGUAGAUCACAGAAAAGAGAGCAGGGAUAUUUUCUCAGUGCCGAGUUAUUCAGAUUAUAUACAGUUAAAGAAAUCCAGUGGAUUUACAGGAUCUGUUAGAAAUCUCUACAGAGGAGCUAAAGAGAAGCUUGGAUAUGCUCUGUCUAAUGAUGAUGAAACACAAAUAAGAACCUUAAUCAGUGACAUUGCUCAAGAGACAGAAACAAUUAUCAUGUCAUUUAACAUUGCAAAGAUCGGCUACAACAAAAGCUACAUUCAACAACUGAUAGAUUACAUCAAGGCAAGGGUAAUAGAACAUGAGGAAGGUCCCAUGAAAUGUGUGUUCACAAAUGAAUUCUUCAUGGAUUUGGUGUUUUCCAUCUGUAAGAGAUCAAACAAGACAUUCACUGACCAACAUGAAAUAUUCAGAGAAGCCAAUGAUCCUGUUUUCUACUUUGAAAAGAAGAGUGAAGAGUACUUCAGUGUUUUCCAGAAAUAUUGUAAAGGCGCAUCAUCAGCUGCUGUAUUUGGUGAAAUCAUCUGUCAGAAACUGAAAGAUCCCAUUCAACAGAGUGUCUACAAAAACACUGCCAGAGAUUUAGCAGAUGAAAUGAGAACAAACUGUGAAUCACUGAAUGGAAACAGAUCAAAACUGGAGAAACACAUCCUGAAGACACUGGCAGAAGAGGAGAACUUUAACAAAUACAUGAACUACAUUUAUUAUCCCAGAGAUCACUUCAAGAGUUUCAUCAGAGAUGAAGUCAGUCAGUACAUCACUGAUAAGUUCAGUGUCAGUGUUCGGCCCAAGAUGAUGAAGAACAUUAAACUCCUGCAGCAGAAGAUCAUGAACGCAGCUCAUGAAUCUACUGAACAUGUUCAAGUGAACAGUGGAGAUGUUGGAACGGCUCAUGAAUCUACUGAACAUGUUCAAGUGAACAGUGGAGAUGUUGAAGCAGCUCAUGAAUCUACUGAACAUGUUCAAGUGAACAGUGGAGAUGUUGAUUUGUGGUUGAAGUGUUUCACACAGAAGCUCUCAGAUGUGCUGAUAUUCUCUGUUAAAGACUUCAGUGGAGUGAGUUAUGAUGAUGUUGACGAUUUCAACCUCCUAGAAGAUGUGAUCAGAAAAGAACUUCCUUCUGUAAUGUCAGACAUAAGUAGUAUAUGCAGUACUGAAACAUUUCCAGGAAAGUUGGAAAAUAAAGACAGGCCAGAUGAGAUUCUGACCGAUCAUUUGUGUCAGUGCUGUUGGGUUCAGUGUCCUUUCUGUGCAGCUGUCUGUACUAACACGAUAGAAAAUCAUCCUGGAGAUCACAGUGUCCCUUUCCAUCGAGUCAAUGGACUCAAUGGGUGCUGUUACGAUGGAACAGAGAGUCUCAGUGCAGAUUUUUGCACAACAUUAGUGGCAACUGGUAAACUAUUUUAUACAGGUCAUUGGUUUCCAUGCAAACUAUACAGAUCAGCUGGAGACGUUUAUGCAAAGUGGAGUAUCACUCCUGAUUUCUCUGAGCUACCAUACUGGAAGUGGUUUGCAUACAGAUUCAAGAAAGAGCUGGAAACGUACUAUAGUAAAAAUUUCCACUGUUGGGCUGAGAUUUCAUAUGAAUGGGAACAAUACUCAAAAGAGGAUGCUAUUGAGAGUUUGAAUAAAUACAUUUAAUAGAACAAAUUAAAACAAGCACUUUUAGGUCUCUGAUUCACAGAGCACAGUUUGAAAUUUACUUGAGAGUGAUUCUGAAUUAAUCUAUCCCUCAGUUCUGUGGAUUCACAGUGCUUCUUCUUUACUGAGGUAAAGGAUUAAAGAUGAAAAGAAAAGAAAUGUUUUAAUGAACAUUGUGGGCUGUCUUUUCAAUACAAUGGCAGUCAACGUGAAAGCAAAGUUGACCUGUUCACUUCCUUAAUGAAUGUUUUUUUAUCUAAUUGUGAACUAUUCAUCCAUGCAUUAUAUUUAGUCUUAAAAUCAAAAUACAAAAACUUGAUCUUCUGUUGAAAUGACAUGCAAGACUACAUGACAUUGAAGCCAAUAGUCAAAAGUAAUAAAUGAAAUAAAAUACUUAGCAUUAUAAACUGUUUAAAAACUGGUAAACUGGUUUAUUUUGCAUCUUACAUUGUAUGUUAUUCAAUUUAGUUUAAAAGUGGCCAGAAUUAAUAAGUUCUAAGUUAUCCCUGGCUGAACACCAGCUCUGGCAUGACAAGCAGCACCGUGUGUGUGUGUGUGUGUGUGAGGGGAGGGGAUUGUUUGUUUUUUUGUUUGUUUGUUUUGUCAAGGCUGUGAUGUAAACAAAAGCUGAGUGGCUAAUUUUAAAAAGGGGACGGACCAUUUGAGAUGUUUCAGUAGGAAAUAUGACUAUGCUAAAGAACACUGUGCUUGUCAAGAAAAUUCAUAUGGACUAAAAGUAUAAUGAAAGUAGUCAGACCAUACCUGUCAACACUCCCGUUUUAUCCAAGAGUCUCCCGUAUUUCACACCGAUCUCCCGCCCCUUCCCGUUUUGCUAUUUCUCCCGGGAAACUCCCAUAAUUUGUAUGGCACAAACCUCGUUAUAUGAAUAAUCACAUCAAUAUAUUAUUCAAAGGUUGUCCAGUUGCCAGAUCUUGUAUGUAAAGCAUCCUACUCACACAAUCAACACAUCCUACAAAUUUCAACCCAUUUGUGACCUCAAACUAGUAGACGUGGGAAGUUGAAUCAAGCAUCACUGGUAGAUGGGAGGAGAAGACAUAGGUGGUACUCCGGCGAAAAAAACAAAAUAUACAUGUAAAUUUAACAAAAGCUGUACGGAAAAAUUUAAUUUAAUAUUUUGAAGCCAUAUCAACAAUACCCACGCCUUUUGCAAAGAGUGUUGCACUGAUUUUAAUAUCAGACACAGUGGGAAAAAUUACGUUAUUCAGCAGAUUAAAUCACAGCGGCAAAAUUUGUAUGUAUUUAGCCUGCCCCUGCCCCCUGCCAGCACCCACCACCCCCCGGAUUUUGGUACCCAAUAUUGACAGUUAUGGGUCAGACUUGUACAUCAUAUUCCAAGUCUUUAAAAAGGUUUUGGAAACAACCUGAAAUUCAAGUAAUUUUUCAGUAAAAAUUAUGUCCAUAAGCGCUAUGAGGAAUUAUUAUUCACAGCGGGUUAUGUUCAUGUGAGAAUGUUCAUUGUUUAGUGCUAAAACAAUGCAAAAUUUAAGCACAUUGUGAUUUGCAUUUCUUUAUUAAUGCAUUCUGAAUAA